AUGCUUAAUUCCGCAUUGUUAUGGAAGGUUUGGCUGCGAAUAGACAACUCGACUGACGAAGUGAACCAGCCAAUUGCUGUGCAGUUCGAUGAAAUAGACACUAUUGAUGAUUUGAAGAGUAGGUUUUUUCAAAGACUAAGUUCAACCCGAUGGCGUGAAAUUAAUGACAAUGCCUCCAUUGCUAUAGGUCUAUACGCGCCCAAGUUGGAAAGUCAAGGUGAUAUUAGUAAUAGCAAAAGCAUUUAUGAUAAUGGUGAUAAUGGCAACGUCAAUACUUUUGAUAGUAGUAACACUAAGAAUUGUACGAGUUCCACUACUGGAGCAUUUGGUCUUACAAAGGAUUCCGCGAGGGACAAGAAUGUACUCCAGCAUCCUAAACCUACCCAGAAAAGAGGAGCGUUAUACGAAGCCUUUGCCGCUGCGCCAACAGUGGCCAUGGCUAUUAAUGCAGAUUUUUCUCACAACGAGGCACCAUCACCAGGUCCGCAAAGGCCAUAUUCUACUAGUCCGAAACAGCUUCCAGCAACGGCUAAGAGUCCCUUACUGCGAUUUGCCUCUGUUUCACCGUACCCUAAAUUUUACUCGGAUAAUCAUGUUAUGGCGCCAACAGGUCUCACAUAUGUCUCACCUCAUAAUAAAACCAAAUAUGCAAGACCUUUAAUGAGAAAAGGUUUGAAUUAUAAAACUGAAUCUGUCAAUGAUUCCACUUACAAAAUCAUCUUUGAACCAGAUGAAUUGGCCAUUAACAUAUAUAAGGAACUCUUCGGCACCAUGGGCUCUCAGUCUGCGUCGCAGUCCCUGCGAAUAUUUUCGAAUGUUAAUUUGCGCCAGGAUAUACCGCCUUUAGACAUUUUGAACGUUGCAGACUAUGUCCCUACGAAUGACGAAAUUUCGCAACAAGCAAUUCAACCAAUAGAUCACAGAGAUGUUUGCGUUCUUCACCCAAACAAUCAAAUCUCUUCUGGGGAACGAGUGAACAACGAUAAGGCAGAUCUGAAAGAUAAGGGUGAUGAUAGCAACCCCCAGGAAUUCAAACUGAUAACGGAUGAAGAGCAACUAAGAAGAGCAUCACAGGAACUGAAGGAUGAGGAGAAAGAUACUGAGUCACCUUGGCAAGCUAUAUUGCUGUUGCCAAAGGGUUACAAGGGAGGAAUAGAUUUCCAGAAUAAACCAGUGCCUUGCGCAGAUUCGUCUUCCAUCAAUGAAGAUACCAUUAUUCAUCCCGAGUUGGAAGUUGGUCCCGAAUCUCCUUCACAACAAAGCGGUCCUCUUGAUGAAUUCGGGGUGGAUAUGAUUCAAUCUAUUCCAGAAUGUCAAAGAAGGAAAGACGACAUUCCACCGGCGUCACCAAUAUUGAUAAACAGUCAAACACCACAGUAUUCAGGUUCACUUUAUAAGACACCCUUUACUGUUUCGUCACCACCGGAUCCCUUACCAAAUUUGUUUACUACAACGAGUGAAAAAGUUUUCCCGAAAAUCAACGUUCUAAUCGUCGAAGAUAACGUCAUUAACCAAGCAAUCCUAGGUUCUUUUUUAAGGAAACAUAAAAUAUCAUACAAACUGGCCAAAAAUGGGCAAGAAGCUGUCAAUAUUUGGAAAGAAGGCGGAUUGCAUUUAAUUUUCAUGGACUUGCAACUGCCUGUUUUAUCUGGUAUAGAAGCUGCCAAGCAGAUUAGAGAUUUUGAAAAACAAAAUGGUAUAGGCAUCCAAAAAGGUCUCAAUAAUUCACAUUCCAACUUUGAUAAAGGAACUUCCAAGAAGUUCUCUCAGGCCCCCGUGAUCAUAGUAGCAUUGACCGCAUCCAACUCUCAAAUGGAUAAAAGGAAAGCGCUUCUUUCUGGUUGUAACGACUACUUGACCAAACCAGUAAACCUGCACUGGUUAAGUAAAAAAAUAACAGAAUGGGGUUGUAUGCAAGCACUGAUUGACUUUGACAGCUGGAAACAAGGAGAAAGUCGGAUGACAGAUAGCGUAUUGGUCAAAUCUCCACAGAAACCUAUUGGAUGCUCGAACUCUAAUUCUUUCAAACAAACGACACCUAUCACACCUAAUAAGCAUAGUCCAGUCAGAAAGAAUUUAAAUCUUUCGCCGACUCAGAUAGAAAUGUGA